CAGAGACAGAUAUACCUGCUGCCUGGCUGAAGUUUCGGAGUGACGACCGGUGCAGAAGUGCAGAACUACUUGUUUCUGCUCAUGGCCACUAAUAUAUUUCACUUUACCCAAUAACAGCUUGGACGAACCCGUCCGAACACCCACUCCGGCGUCAAAGCCCGCUUCACAUCCAUCGCAACCCCUCAAUCGCUCCCUAAGGUCGUGAUCCUUGUGCCGACAAAAUGGCAGACCCUAACAAUGUGUCGCAAUACAAAUACUCGGCGAUGUCGAACCUGGUCCUCCAGGCAGACCGUCGAUUUAUCUCACGCCGUACAGAUGAGAAUACCGGCGACCCCGAGUCCCUGGCUGGAAGACUGAACAUCCGUGAUAUGGGUUCGCGGGUCGGUCGAGACCAAGUGCCAAAGCAGAAGAAGAUUGCGCCAGGCUUACAAGGUGUCGAAAGAGGCUCGAUACGGGAGGGCGAAGAUGUCUUGGAACGAGAGCAGAGAAAGCGGAAGAGGGGUGAGCCUGCCCAACCUCGGGGCGCCGGCGUCCUUUCCGCCGGCGAUGCGUUGAUCGAAGGGCUCAAGUAUCGUCCUAGGACUCCCGCGACCCGGGCGACUUACGAUCUACUGCUCACCGUGACUGCAAAUGCCCUUGGAGACGUCUCACAGGAAAUCGUCCGAAGUGCAGCUGAUGCCAUCCUCGAAUAUCUGAAAGAUGAGAAUAUGAAAGACCUCGAUAAAAAGAAAGAGAUUGAUGAAAUCGUUGGAAUCACAAUGACCCCUAAGCAGUUCAAUGAACUGGUCAAUCUGGGCAAAAAGAUAACAGAUUAUGAUGCGCAAGACGACGAUGAUAACAUGGCGGACGGUGCCGGCGCGGACGAAGCCGAACUUGACGAACGCCAAGGUGUCGCAGUUGUGUUUGACGAGGAUGAGGACGUAGACGAAGACGGCAUCGCGCGGACGUACGAAGUUCGAGACGAAGACGAAGCGGACAGUGAUGAAGAGGAAGACAUCCAGGACCAGCCAGGUCUUGAAGAAUCUGCGUCAGCUGGAGGGGCAGCCGCCCCCGAUGUCGACGCAGACGAAGAUGAGGACGCUGAGCUGAUUAUAGACAGCGGCCUUGGCGAAUCGGUUCGCAGAAAGCGUGAAGACACCGACUUUGUUCCCAUCGACGAAAUUGAUGCAUACUGGCUUCAACGGCAAAUUGGUUCGGUGUAUGCUGACGCUGUUAUCCAGCAGCAGAAGACCCGAGAUGCCCUCCAGAUCCUCUCCGGCAGGUCUCUUGAAGGUGAAGAAAUAUCCCUUCGUGAUAUCGAGAAUGACUUGAUGGACUUGUUUGAUUAUGAACAUCCUGACAUGGUUGGGAAAUUGGUUUCCAAUAGAGAUAGGAUCGUCUGGGCGACCAGGUGGCGCAGAGCCGCAGAGGAUCAGGAUGCUCGACACCUCGUGGAGAGCGAGAUGGUUGAGGCAGGUCACCGAGCCAUUCUGGACGAACUGCUGGGCAAAUCAGGUCGUACCGGAGAAGAGCCACGCCCGGCUAAGAAGAUGAAGCUUGAUCUGAUGGACAUUGAUAUCCCCAAAGCACAGGAAGAGCAAGAAAAGAAAAAAGACGGUGCUCUUUCCGGUGGCUUACAACCACAGCGGGUCAUCAAUCUGGACAACCUCGUUUUUGAGCAGGGAAAUCAUCUUAUGACAAAUCCAAAGGUUGUCCUUCCACAAGGCUCCACGAAGCGAACAUUCAAGGGCUAUGAAGAAAUUCACGUCCCCCCUCCUAAGCCCAAACGAGACCCUGGCGAGAAGAACAUUCCCACCACUGAGCUUCCUGACUGGGCAAGGCAAGGUUUUGGCUCUGCGAAGGAGCUGAACCGUAUCCAGUCGAAAUGCUUCCCCUCUGCUUUUCACGAUGAUGGCAACAUGCUCAUUUGCGCUCCGACCGGAUCCGGCAAGACGAAUGUCGCAAUGCUGACGAUGUUGCGCGAAAUUGGCAAGCAUAGAAAUCCAGAAACUGGCGAAAUCAUGUUGGACGACUUCAAGAUCAUCUACAUUGCACCUUUGAAGGCUUUGGUGCAGGAACAAGUAGGCAAUUUUGGAAAGCGACUUGAGGUGUAUGGAAUCCGGGUCUCUGAGCUCACAGGAGAUCGACAAUUGACAAAGCAACAAAUUGCCGACACUCAAGUCAUUGUAACGACUCCGGAAAAGUGGGAUGUCAUCACGCGAAAAGCAACUGACCAAAGCUACACCCGACUUGUUCGACUGAUCAUUAUUGACGAAAUCCAUCUCCUGCACGACGACCGGGGUCCGGUCAUCGAAAGUAUUGUCAGUCGGACUAUCCGAAAGAUCGAGCAGACUGGUGAGCCUGUGCGGAUUGUAGGCUUGAGUGCAACGCUCCCCAACUACCGGGACGUGGCCACUUUCCUGCGAGUCGAUCCCGAAAAGGGUCUAUUCCACUUUGAUGGAUCCUUCAGACCCUGCCCUCUUCGGCAGGAGUUCAUUGGCGUGACCGACAAAAAGGCCAUCAAGCAGCUCAAGACAAUGAACGACAUCUGCUACGCAAAAGCCAUCGAGCAUGCGGGAACGAAUCAACAACAAAUGCUAAUAUUUGUUCACUCUCGCAAGGAAACCGCCAAAACUGCCAAAUACAUCCGUGACAAGGCUGUCGAGCUGGAAACAAUUGGUCAAAUUAUGCGGACUGAUGCAGCAAGCAGAUCCGUUCUGCAGGAGGAAGCUGACGCGGUGAACGACGCCAACCUGAAAGACCUGUUGCCUUAUGGAUUCGGCAUCCAUCAUGCUGGAAUGGGCGUUGCGGAUCGGACAUCGGUGCAGGAUCUGUUUGCCGAUGGCUAUCUGAGAGUCCUUGUCUGUACUGCAACCCUUGCAUGGGGUGUCAAUUUACCUGCUCAUACCGUCGUCAUCAAAGGUACCCAAGUUUACUCCCCUGAAAAAGGAAGCUGGGUCGAAUUGAGUCCACAAGAUGUCCUCCAGAUGCUUGGCCGAGCGGGUCGUCCGCAAUUUGACUCAUAUGGCGAAGGUAUCAUCAUCACAUCCCAGGCGGAGAUUCAGUAUUACCUCUCGUUGAUGAACCAGCAAUUGCCCAUUGAAAGCCAAUUGAUGGGCAAACUUGCCGACAACCUCAACGCAGAAAUUGUCCUCGGAAGCGUCCGUACCCGCGACGAGGGGGUUGAAUGGCUCGGCUAUACGUAUCUAUUUGUUCGAAUGAUACGCUCACCAGGCCUCUAUAGUGUCGGCGCAGACUACGGCGACGAUGAGGCUUUGGAGCAGAAGCGAGUCGAUCUCAUCCAUUCCGCCGCCAUUGUUCUCGAAAAGGCCGGACUUGUCAAGUACGAGAAGAAGACUGGGAAGCUGCAAGCCACCGACCUGGGUCGAAUUGCUUCGCAUUACUACAUCACACAUAAUUCGAUGCUGACCUACAAUCAUCACCUCCAACCUUCGAUCGGCACGAUCGAACUCUUCCGAAUCUUUGCUCUCAGUGAUGAAUUCAAAUACAUCCCUGUCCGACAAGACGAGAAGCUCGAAUUAGCCAAAUUGCUUGGCAGAGUACCGAUUCCUGUCAAAGAAGGGAUGGACGAGCCACAAGCGAAAAUCAACGUGCUUCUGCAAGCAUUUAUCUCUCGACUCAAGUUGGAAGGUCUGGCCUUGAUGGCUGAUCUUGUCUACGUCACACAAUCGGCAGGGCGAAUUAUCCGCGCAAUGUUCGAAAUAUGCCUGAAAAAGGGCUGGGCCGGAGUGGCAAAGACCGCCUUGGACCUCUGCAAAAUGGCUGAGAAGCGAAUGUGGCCUACAAUGACUCCAUUAAGGCAAUUUCCAAUGUGUCCCAGAGAAUACAUUCAGAAAGCGGAGCGAAUGGAAGUUCCGUGGUCUAGCUACUUUGACCUCGAUCCUCCUCGCAUGGGAGAGCUGCUCGGGCUUCCCAAAGCCGGACGAGUUGUGUGCGACCUUGUUUCCAAAUUCCCGCGAUUAGAGGUCCAAGCGCAAGUGCAGCCAAUUACCAGAUCACUACUCCGUGUCGAACUGACGAUCACUCCCAACUUUGUGUGGGAUGAAGCAUUGCACGGGACUGCUGAGUCGUUCUGGAUCGUCGUGGAAGACUGUGAUGGAGAGGAAAUCUUGUUCCACGACCAGUUCAUUCUGCGUCGAGAGUAUGCAGAGGGUGACAUGUCAGAACACUUGGUCGACUUUACCGUUCCCAUCAGCGAGCCUAUUCCACCUAAUUAUUUCAUUUCGCUCAUAUCAGAUCGGUGGAUGCACUCUGAGACCAGAAUUCCCGUCUCGUUCCAGAAGCUGAUUCUCCCCGAAAGAUUCCCUCCUCAUACUCCACUUCUGGACCUGCAGCCUGUGCCUGUCCAGGCGCUGAAGGUCAAAGAUUACGUCGCGCUCUAUCCCAAGUGGGACAGAUUCAACAAGAUCCAAACUCAAGUCUUCAAAUCGCUGUACGAUAGCAAUGACAGUGUCUUCGUGGGAGCACCAACGGGCAGCGGCAAGACGGUAUGUGCCGAAUUUGCUCUCCUGCGACAUUGGAAGAACCCGGACGCUGGCAAAGCAGUUUAUGUGGCUCCCUUCCAAGAACUAGUAGACGGCCGUUACGCUGACUGGAACGAACGAUUGAGCCCACUCGGUGGCGGAAAGGUCAUCUCAACUCUUACUGGUGAAAUCACAGCUGAUCUGCGAAUCUUGGACAGAUCUGAUCUCGUAUUGGCAACUCCCACUCAAUGGGACGUCCUAUCGAGACAAUGGCAGCGGCGAAAGAACGUGCAGAACGUGGAGUUAUUCAUUGCCGACGAACUUCAUAUGAUUGGUGGCGAAAAUGGCGGCGUCUAUGAGGUUGUGGUUUCCAGGAUGCAAUACAUCCACAUCCAACUAGAGAACAACAUGCGGAUUGUAGGAUUGAGCGUACCGCUGUCGAAUGCUCGGGACGUGGGUGAGUGGCUUGGUGCCAACAAACACACCAUCUACAACUUUAGCCCCAUGACAAGACCGGUUGGAUUACAGUUGCACAUCCAGUCAUUCAGCAUACCUCAUUUCCCGUCCCUAAUGAUGGCCAUGGCCCGUCCAACAUAUCAAUCUAUCGUCCAGUUGUCACCUGACAAGCCAGCAAUUGUCUUCGUUCCCGGUCGGAAACAGGUCCGUGCUACAGCACUCGAUAUUCUUUUGGCGUGCAUUAUGGAUGACGACGAUGAGAGGUUCUUGCACACCGAUGUGAAUGAACUUGCGCCAUUCUUGGAGCGAAUCAACGAAAGAGCAUUAGCAGAGUCUCUGACACACGGCAUUGGGUACUAUCACGAGGCGCUAUCGACCAGUGACAAGAGAAUCGUCUCUCAUCUGUUCAAGAUUGGUGCUAUCCAAGUGAUGCUUGCUUCCCGCGAUGUCUGUUGGGAAAUCCCAUUCACAGCACACCUCGUCAUCGUUAUGGGCACGCAGUACUUUGUGGGCCGCGAACACCGCUACGUCGAUUACCAAAUCAGCGAGAUUCUGCAGAUGUUUGGUCGAGCGUGUCGGCCUGGUGAGGAUGAUAUCGGAAAGGGCGUGCUCAUGGUCUCGGCAGUGAAGCGCGAAUACUACAAGAAAUUCCUCAACGAGGCGUUGCCCAUAGAAAGCCACCUACAGGCCUGGCUCCACGACGCAUUUGUCACCGAGAUCAGCACAAAGACAAUUGCAUCCACCCAAGAUGCUGUCGAUUGGACCACAUACACAUAUUUCUACCGCCGCCUUCUGGCGAACCCGAGCUUCUACGGCCUCAACGACACGUCCCACGAUGGCCUUAGCACGCACCUCUCGGAACUCAUUGAGACCACGCUAAAGGAGCUCUCGGACGCCAAAAUCAUCGACUUGGACGAAGAAGACGAUUCGGUUUCUCCACUGAACCCGGCCAUGAUUGCCGCGUACUACAACAUCUCCUUCAUCACAAUGCAGACCUUCCUCCUCUCCCUUACGGCUCGCACAAAACUCAAGGGCCUCCUCGAAAUUGUCACGUCCGCCACGGAAUUUGAGGCUAUCCAACUCCGUCGCCAUGAGGAUCAUAUUCUCCGUCGCAUUUACGAUCGUGUGCCGGUGAAAAUGUCCGAGCCGAUCUUCGAUUCACCACAUUUUAAAGCAAUGGUGUUAUUACAGGCCCAUUUUUCAAGGAUGCAACUGCCCAUCGACCUCGCCAAAGACCAAGAAGUUAUAGUCUCAAAGACGCUCGCGUUACUCUCCGCUUGUGUUGAUGUGCUAAGUUCGGAGGGCCACCUGAACGCCAUGAACGCCAUGGAAAUGUCACAGAUGGUUGUGCAGGCUAUGUGGGAUCGCGACUCUCCACUACUGCAAAUCCCACACUUUGACUCUCAGAUCGUGGGUGUUCUUGCCAAGCAGGGAAUAAAGGAUAUUGACGACUUCAUGACCGCAAUGGACCCGUCCGAGAAUCCCGAUCAGCCGAAGCUGGUGCAGAUGAUGGGAUUGAGUAACCGACAACUCGUGGAGGCGGCGAACUUCACGAAUAACAAGUACCCUAGUCUCGAACUGGAGUUUGAUGUCGAGGACAAGGAGGAAGUUACUGCAGGCCAGCCCUCCUACCUGUCGAUCCGCAUCUCGAGGGAAGCGGAGGAGGAAGACGAAGACGACGAAGAGGAAGGCAAAGGUGGUGCUGAACAAGAGGUCGACGUCACGGUCCAUGCACCGUUUUAUCCGCUCCGCAAGCUCGAAAACUGGUGGCUCGUCGUGGCCGAGGAGAAGACAAGGUCCCUCCUAGCCAUCAAGCGCGUCACGAUCGCCAAGAGGCAGUUCGGCACAAAGCUGGAGUAUGUCGUCCCGACCGCCGGCAAGAAGGACUUGACCUUGUUCCUCAUGUGCGACUCGUACGUCGGUGUCGACCAGAGCAUGGCGUUCAGUGUGGAUGUUCAGGAAGGUGAGGAUGAGGAUGAGGAGGAAGAAGGAGACGAAGAUGAGGAGAUGCAGGAUGGCGGAGAGUGAAAAGUCCGGCCUGAUGAGGCCCCGAAGGAUUUUCAAGCCUUAAUACAAGGAAAGCACGCCGAGUGAGCUUGCGUAUCGGCACCACCCAGCUUGCGGAAGUCGAUUGGAAUCACGCCUUCGGCUGGCUGGUUUCUGCGUGAACUGUUUCAACAAGAUAGUGAGACAUAAGAACAGGGGGAAAUGUGAUUUCCAUGGUCGACACUUUUGGAUAUGUGGUAUCUUCUGUUCUAGUACAUUAACAUACUGGCUUCUUCGUCCCAAUUUGCGUCUUGGUGAGGACAGCCUCGCACAACAGGCUUCGGAACAAACCCAUCAACAGUGUCCACCGCGGUGUUGCAACCAGGUUAGUGAAAAACCGUCUUUUGGG